AUGAAGCUUUUCUCCAUCUCGGCCGCCUACCUGGCCGUCCCCAUGGCCCUGCUUGUCUCCGCCCAGACGCAGUCAAUGAACCAGGUCGGCUGCUACACCGACAGCGCUGGGUUCGAAAACAAGGGCUCAUACGCGUACCAAAGUCUGGGAUAUUGCGCCAAGGUGUGCAGCAAGGCGAAUGCACCGUAUAUGGGCCUGCAUGACGGUGCCGAAUGCUGGUGCGGCACUUCCCUGCCGGACAAGAAGUCUCUCGAGUCGGACGACAAAUGCAAUAAACCUUGUACCGGAUGGCCUGAGGAUCAUUGUGGUUCUGAUACGGCGUGGUCGGUUUAUCAACUUUCUGCCGCCGCGAAGCAGGUGACCGAGUCUGCGUCGGCUUCGACCAGCCUUGCAAGCGCUACCCCGGGAUCGAACAGCACGGCAUCGGCCACUACUGCGUCGGCCACUCAGUCGGGAAGUGCAUCCCAAAGUGCCUCUUCGACGGGCGCGACUCCCACAACUUCUACCUCGGCUGCGACUCGGCGGUUCAAACUUCCUUUUUUCCUUUGA